AUGAAGUUAACGGUGGUCGUUGCCAUACUUGUUCACUGCUUUCUAGUAACAUGCUCUCCAGGGGAUAAUUUAGAUGAGUUUAUAGACUGUACUUAUGCGUGUGAAUAUAAGAGAAGAUGCCCGAAUUCUCAGAUAAACUAUAUUGACCCAGAAACAAAUAUGUUCCAUGAUAUUGAAUUUUCCGACACCCCGGGUUUGUACUCCCAGCUUUUAUUUUGGGAUUGUAUCUCAGAUUGCGAUUACCAGUGUCAACAUAUCAUUACACGCUGGAGGAUUGACGCGCAGGAAGAAGUAUAUCAAUUUCAUGGAAAGUGGCCAUUUUUGAGGGUAUUGGGAACGCAAGAAUUUUUCUCGACAAUUUUUAGCAUAGGUAACUUCAUCCCACAUUAUAAGGCGUUCAUGAAGUUUUCUAAGAUGCUACGUGAGGAUGGCAAUAAUAGGAAAGAACGCAGCAGAAGUAUACUAAUUUGGAACUAUCUUUACGUCACCGUGGCGGGAAUGCUGGCAUGGACUGCAAGUUCGGUCUUCCAUUGCCGUGACUUGAUCAUAACAGAGAAAUUAGACUAUUUUUUCGCAGGUGCGACUGUCUUGACUGGAUUUCACGCAAUAUUUGCAAGAAUGACCUCGAUGUUCUUGUACCCCAAGAUCGCACAAGCGUUUACCGCAUCAGUUGCGAUGAUUUUUGCCCUGCAUAUCUUAAGACUGUAUGUGGAUUGGUCGUACACAUACAACAUGAGAUUCAACAUCUUUUUUGGUAUUUUACAGUAUAUUCUACUGAUCAUGUUAUCGUGCCAAAACUACCAUGCCCUAAAAAAGCAAAAGCAAAAGCAAAAGGGCAGAUUCAAGAAGACCGCAUAUUCCAAUUUCAAGGGACGAAUGUUCAAACUAUGUAUCAUUCCAAUUAUUCUUGUGAUGGUAACCACGAUGGCCAUGUUGCUGGAAUUGUUUGACUUCUUCAGUUACGCAUGGCAGAUUGAUGCCCAUGCCAUAUGGCAUUUGUGCACGAUAUGGCCCUCCUGGGUAUUAUACGACUUUUUCCUCGAGGAUUAUGUCUAUUGGGGAAAUAAACAAUUGUAG